CCCGCUUCGUUUUUACUUUCCAUUUCUAUGGCGGCGAUGUGAUAAUAUAAUGACAGCUUUGUAGUCUCCUUGAAGUAGCUGGCACCUUGAAUUGAAAAGCAGUUUCAAACAGAAACAAAAAUAGAUUAAUUAAUGAAAAUAGUUCAAAAUGCAUUAUCAAAUCGGACCCAGCUUGAAACUAAUCUGUCAGACCUUGCAAAAAAACACGGAGAGAGUUAAUCAAUGUCAGAGGUUUGAAAUUGCUGAACUAUUAAAAACGUUAAAUGCCACAGAAAAGUUGCUGGUUGCCAAAUACUUUUGCAAACUACCCUGGAAUAUUGGUAGCCUUUUUGUCUUGGGAAUUUUACACGAUUUGCGGAUACUGACGGCAACGGAGUUUAUUUUAUGUUACAACAGCAAUGAAGAUGUCCAAUUGGUAUUAAACGAUUUCUACGAAUCGGAAUUUGAAUUAAUCACAAAUUUAUUUAUUAAUUCCACAAUGGAUUCUGGAAAUUCAAUACGUUUGAGUGAUAUUCUGGAAGUGUCAUUGGAAAAUCUAUUUAAAGAUUUGUUGGAGAAACCAGAAUUGAAUAGUUUAGGCUAUGCGAAAUAUAUGCGCAGCAGUGUGCCGGGAGAAAUCCUAAUAAAAAUCAUACAAAAACAUGUGGACGUUAUAAUAAGGUUGGAACAAAGCGGUGUGAGUGCUGCAUUUGAAAAUUUUUCCUCCUGGAUAAAUGAGGGAGUUGAUGAGUUAAAAUUUCCCAAGGAUCUCUAUGAUAAUCUACUUUCGAAUAACAUUGAAGAUAGUCUGAAUUACCUCUUAAAAUUGGCCAGUGUUGAGAAUUUCCGCAAUUGGAAAUUUUAUUUGAUUUUAUUGCAAACACUGUGUAGCGGCAAUAAUGAAAAGGCAGGACCUUAUGUUAGAAGUAAAAAACACCUCAAAGCCCAUUUGAAACAAUUGGCCACCUUGCCAUACAAACGAUCCAUGAUGAAUUUACUGCUUACAGCUCGAGCCUCCAAUGCUGUGACAAUGGAUAUAUCAAAGAAUUUAGAUCUAUAUGCGGAUUGGUAUAAAAACAAUAUUGGUGAAAUGAAAUUUUUCUUUAAAGCUGAAGAAUUUCAUAAUAUCAUGAAUUUGUUGGAUCAAUGCAUUGCCUAUGAAGCGGAAUUGGAUUAUUUGGAGAUACAUGCAGCCAUCUCAAUUUCCCCACCCGUUUUAUGUGGCAAAAUUGUCCAAUCUUAUAAGAGUAAAUGUAAGCAACGUUUACAGCAAAUCAAAAAGGGUAUCAAAGGUGUUGGUAUCGAUGAAAGCAUUGUGAUUGAGGAUAGCAAUUGAGUGCGGAGUACUUUUGGGAGUUUAUGUGGAAUUAAAAUUUCUAUCAUAAUGAAAUACAUUCCAAAGUUUUAAA